GGAAAGACAGACUGGGAGGGACUUGGGUGCAGGGUGUGUCAGUCUUUAUAUAAAAAAAGUUUGUGCCCAUGAUCUCAACUCACAUCCCUCUUUUCCAUUCACUUGAGCUACACAAGUUUCUUUACAAAUCUGCCACAAUGCCACAACUCUGCCAGGCAAUGAAGCUUCUUAGGGACGUCUUUGACAAGUACGCUGGACAAGAUGGAAACAAGACUUUGAGCAAGCUUGAACUUUCAAAACUACUCCACACUGAAUUUCCUGGACCUGGCGGCGCUAACAUGGAUAGAUUCUAUGCAGCUCUGGAUAACGAUGGUGAUGGUGCUGUUGAUUUCAAGGAAUUUGUCACCUUUGUAGCAGCCCUCACUGUAAUGAUGGAGGAUCAAUAAAUCAUUGAAGCAAAAUGUCUUUUUGAUUUUUUUUUGCCUGAUUGGAUUUGUACUGAAUAUAAAUUGCUGAAAUAUCAUGUUCUCAUGUAUUGAAGACACAUGUUGUAAUACCUUGUUCUGAAAAGGAAAAUUUGUUUUUACACACACAGAUGGGUCUAAAUGUUGUUGUGAGGUACUUCAAAUGUCUUCAAAAGUUAGAGUUCAUGUCAUUUUUAACACAUUUUAAAAGUCUGAAGUGGCUGUUUUCUCUCUUUUUCAUCUUUUUGUUGACAGAGGAAAUAAAAUUUUGACACAUUA